AUGUGCCGAGGCAGCGAGGCAGCGGAGAGCCCCAACGCCACCGCCUCCCCAACGCCACCGCCUCCCCAACGCCACCGCCUCCCCAACGCCACCGCCUCCCCAACGCCACCGCCCCCAACCCACCGCCUCCCCAACGCCACCGCCUCCCCAACGCCACCGCCUCCCCAACGCCACCGCCUCCCCAACGCCACCGCCUCCCCAACGCCACCGCCUCCCCAACGCCACCGCCUCCCCAACGCCACCGCCUCCCCAACGCCACCGCCUCCCCAACGCCACCGCCUCCCCAACGCCACCGCCUCCCCAACGCCACCGCCUCCCCAACGCCACCGCCUCCCCAACGCCACCGCCUCCCCAACGCCACCGCCUCCCCAACGCCACCGCCUCCCCAACGCCACCGCCUCCCCAACGCCACCGCCUCCACAACGCCACCGCCUCCACAACGCCACCGCCUCCCCAACGCCACCGCCUCCCCAACGCCACCGCCUCCCCAACGCCACCGCCUCCCCAACGCCACCGCCUCCCCAACGCCACCGCCUCCACAACGCCACCGCCUCCACAACGCCACCGCCUCCCCAACGCCACCGCCUCCACAACGCCACCGCCUCCCCAACGCCACCGCCUCCCCAACACCACCGCCUCCCCAACGCCACCGCCUCCACAACGCCACCGCCUCCACAACGCCACCGCCUCCCCAACGCCACCGCCUCCCCAACGCCACCGCCUCCCCAACGCCACCGCCUCCACAACGCCACCGCCUCCACAACGCCACCGCCUCCACAACGCCACCGCCUCCCCAACGCCACCGCCUCCCCAACGCCACCGCCUCCCCAACGCCACCGCCUCCCCAACGCCACCGCCUCCCCAACGCCACCGCCUCCACAACGCCACCGCCUCCACAACGCCACCGCCUCCCCAACGCCACCGCCUCCCCAACGCCACCGCCUCCCCAACGCCACCGCCUCCCCAACGCCACCGCCUCCACAACGCCACCGCCUCCCCAACGCCACCGCCUCCCCAACGCCACCGCCUCCCCAACGCCACCGCCUCCCCAACGCCACCGCCUCCCCAACGCCACCGCCUCCCCAACGCCACCGCCUCCCCAACGCCACCGCCUCCCCAACGCCACCGCCUCCCCAACGCCACCGCCUCCCCAACGCCACCGCCUCCCCAACGCCACCGCCUCCACAACGCCACCGCCUCCACAACGCCACCGCCUCCCCAACGCCACCGCCUCCACAACGCCACCGCCUCCCCAACGCCACCGCCUCCCCAACACCACCGCCUCCCCAACGCCACCGCCUCCACAACGCCACCGCCUCCCACAACGCCACCGCCUCCCCAACGCCACCGCCUCCCCAACGCCACCGCCUCCCCAACGCCACCGCCUCCACAACGCCACCGCCUCCACAACGCCACCGCCUCCACAACGCCACCGCCUCCCCAACGCCACCGCCUCCCCAACGCCACCGCCUCCCCAACGCCACCGCCUCCCCAACGCCACCGCCUCCCCAACGCCACCGCCUCCACAACGCCACCGCCUCCACAAACCGCCAACGCCACCGCCUCCCCAACGCCACCGCCUCCCCAACGCCACCGCCUCCCCAACGCCACCGCCUCCCCAACGCCACCGCCUCCACAACGCCACCGCACGCCUCCCCAACGCCACCGCCUCCCCAACGCCACCGCCUCCCCAACGCCACCGCCUCCCCAACGCCACCGCCUCCACAACGCCACCGCCUCCACAACGCCACCGCCUCCCCAACGCCACCGCCUCCCCAACACCACCGCCUCCCCAACGCCACCGCCUCCACAACGCCACCGCCUCCACAACGCCACCGCCUCCCCAACGCCACCGCCUCCCCAACGCCACCGCCUCCCCAACGCCACCGCCUCCACAACGCCACCGCCUCCACAACGCCACCGCCUCCACAACGCCACCGCCUCCCCAACGCCACCGCCUCCCCAACGCCACCGCCUCCACAACGCCACCGCCUCCCCAACGCCACCGCCUCCCCAACGCCACCGCCUCCACAACGCCACCGCCUCCCCAACGCCACCGCCUCCCCAACGCCACCGCCUCCCCAACGCCACCGCCUCCCCAACGCCACCGCCUCCACAACGCCACCGCCUCCACAACGCCACCGCCUCCCCAACGCCACCGCCUCCCCAACGCCACCGCCUCCCCAACGCCACCGCCUCCCCAACGCCACCGCCUCCCCAACGCCACCGCCUCCCCAACGCCACCGCCUCCCCAACGCCACCGCCUCCCCAACGCCACCGCCUCCACAACGCCACCGCCUCCACAACGCCACCGCCUCCCCAACGCCACCGCCUCCACAACGCCACCGCCUCCCCAACGCCACCGCCUCCCCAACACCACCGCCUCCCCAACGCCACCGCCUCCACAACGCCACCGCCUCCACAACGCCACCGCCUCCCCAACGCCACCGCCUCCCCAACGCCACCGCCUCCCCAACGCCACCGCCUCCACAACGCCACCGCCUCCACAACGCCACCGCCUCCACAACGCCACCGCCUCCCCAACGCCACCGCCUCCCCAACGCCACCGCCUCCCCAACGCCACCGCCUCCCCAACGCCACCGCCUCCCCAACGCCACCGCCUCCACAACGCCACCGCCUCCACAACGCCACCGCCUCCCCAACGCCACCGCCUCCCCAACGCCACCGCCUCCCCAACGCCACCGCCUCCCCAACGCCACCGCCUCCACAACGCCACCGCCUCCCCAACGCCACCGCCUCCCCAACGCCACCGCCUCCCCAACGCCACCGCCUCCCCAACGCCACCGCCUCCACAACGCCACCGCCUCCACAACGCCACCGCCUCCCCAACGCCACCGCCUCCCCAACACCACCGCCUCCCCAACGCCACCGCCUCCACAACGCCACCGCCUCCACAACGCCACCGCCUCCCCAACGCCACCGCCUCCCCAACGCCACCGCCUCCCCAACGCCACCGCCUCCACAACGCCACCGCCUCCACAACGCCACCGCCUCCACAACGCCACCGCCUCCCCAAGCCACCGCCUCCCCAACGCCACCGCCUCCCCAACGCCACCGCCUCCCCAACGCCACCGCCUCCCCAACGCCACCGCCUCCACAACGCCACCGCCUCCACAACGCCACCGCCUCCCCAACGCCACCGCCUCCCCAACGCCACCGCCUCCCCAACGCCACCGCCUCCCCAACGCCACCGCCUCCCCAACGCCACCGCCUCCCCAACGCCACCGCCUCCCAACGCCACCGCCUCCACAACGCCACCGCCUCCACAACGCCACCGCCUCCACAACGCCACCGCGGCCGGUUCAAGACGGUUAG